AGUAUCGACCGGGCGGCGGCGGCGGGCGGACGCGCUCGGGCCGGCUCCGCGGUGACGGUGUAGGUGUGUGUCGGGACGGGACGCGGAGAGGCGCCACGGGAUCAGGGCACACGGAACAGGAUCCGCUCACGGUCUGACCGAUGAUGCCGCUGGCGCGUCUCCGGCUCGGUCUGUGAUCUUCCUUUGCCGCCGUCAUCUCGAGUGGUGCUGCCAUGUGCACUCCGGCGCGGUAUAACGUCGGUCUGGCGCCGCCCUCUGACGGCGACCUGGACGUGCUCAACUGCACGGAGCUGCCGCCAGAUGUCAGGAGCGAGGAGCGCUGCCGCCACCUCAGCUUCGAGUACGAGCUGACCACGUCCGUCAUCUGCGGCCUCAGCCUCGUCUUCGGCAUCCUCUACACCCUGUUCGGGUACCGGUGCUUCAAGGCGGUCAUGUUUCUCACGGGGUUCACGUUCGGCUCCGUGGUAGUCUACCUGAUCUGCAUGGAGGAGGCGGUGCUGCCACCUCUCGGCAAUGCAGGUGUCUCUCUGGGCGCCGGCCUGCUGUUCGGCGCCAUCACGAUGCUGGUGCAGUACGUGGGCCUCUUCAUGACCGGCUUCCACACGGGCCUCUACUGCGGCGUCAUCAGCCUGGUGGUGGUCGACUUCUUCCACCGUCUGAGCACCGUGUGGCUCUCACUGGCCGUGCUGAUGGGCUGGGGCCUGCUGUUCGCGCUGGCCAACCUGCGACUCCAGAAGAGCCUCACUGUGUUCGGCACGAGCGUACACGGCGGCGCCGUCAUCAUGGUCUCGAUGGACUACUUCAUCGAGCAGUUUGCGGCGGCGCGCUGGGUGCUGAACAAGGUGCGCCUGCGCGACGACCAGCCGCCCUGCUGGUACUCUUGGGUGGUGCUGGGCCUGUGGCCCCUGAUGGCACUGGUCGGACUGCUGGUCCAGAGCCGCCUCACCGGCCGGGGCGUCCACCACAAAGUCGUGGUGCCGCACCACAAGUCCCGCACGGUGAACCUGCAGCGGCUCCGCUCGCGGCAGGCGCGGGCCGAGCUGCGCCAGAGAAAGUACCGGUACCUGUACCAGGUGCGCACCGCUCAUGGUGACAUCAUCAGUCAGGAAUACGUGCACUCGUUGAACAAGAUGGCCCAGCCGGGUGACCAGUCGACCCUACAGUCCAACUGCACCCGGGUCACCUCAGUCAACGACCAGGCCGCGCUCACUGCCCUCUCGGAGUCAGAACACGAAGCCGAGUUUCUCCAUCCCACCGACAGUCGGCGCUCGAGCGGCGAGCCCACGCCCGAGCGGCCGCGCCCGGCAGAUUACGGGGACCGAGAGCUAUGAGAUAAGGGGCGCGUGGUGCGUUUUAACGUGUGACCCGGCGCUCGGGAGCUGCCCGUGUUUGUGGGAGGAUGCGUUCUGGACUGAGCCGAGGCCAGCCGAGCGGUGGCGGCUCAGUCGUAUCUGUGAUAGUGUGUGUGAGGCGAGACGAGACGAUGACGGUGCCUUUGACGCAGUCAAGAGGUGGCGUUAUGACCGGCUCGUGAGCCGUUUCGUGGCACGACGUUUCCAGUGGAGUGGAGGCGCCCAGUGUCUGGCAGUGUUCCCAGCAUAUACUCGAGGAUAGCGUUCCGAAACCACCGCGCGCCCGGUGUGCUCUCUCGUCGCUGCAGCCGCGCCAGUCAGCCGCUGGUGACGGCAGGAACCCGUCUGCAGCGCACCAGGUUACCUACACUCGGUCUGUCAGCCCCGCCAGUCAGCCAUACGUGGUGGCAGGGAACCCGUCUGUACCGCCAGUCAACCACGGGUAAUGGCAGGAAAACGUCUGCAGCGCACCAGGUUACCUACCUUCGACCUGUCGACCAGACCACCCCACCGUCACCGUCUCUGCUACUGAUGGGCCGAGACCACGGCACUUUUCCAGUUGUUCGAGCGCGGAGACUGUACUCAUGUGAAGCUGCUCUGCCGUGCCGCAUCAGGUUAUCGUCCAGAAAAAUCCAAUAGACUGGAUCUGGAGCUUCUAGUGUGACUACAGCACAGGCAGACGGCGGGAGUGUCCGCUGGUGGUCUGUCCGAGUCUCCAUUACAGCCUCGUACCAAAGUUCUGUUGGGAGUCAUUCCGUACUAGUGAUUGUCCGUCGUUGUGUUACACGUACUCACAUCUGGCCCAUGCCGGGCGAACGGCUCGUACCCUGUGCUCUGUGCUCGCCUGGGCCCGGUCCGCGGAGUCUCUCAUCGUGCUGCUGGCUCGACCUGUUCUCUGUCCCAAACCGCUGGUCCGUCCCCUCCCCGUCGCCAGCUCGACAGUCUGGCUGCCGGCCUACCGGUCACUGGCCCAGCUGGUCUGACCGCUGACCCGGCUGGUCUGCUCGCAGACCCAGCCUCUCUGACUGGUCUGACCGCUGACCCAGCUGGUCUGCUUGUCUUGCUAUUCGAGCUGGUCUGCUGCUGGUCCAGUCUCUCGACUGGUCUGUCCAGCUGGUCUGUGACAGGCGUCGUUCCACUGGACAUAAUCACACUCACUCAGUCUCCGCCGGAGUGUAAAACUCCGCCGGAGACCAACCACUCUGCCGCCGUGUUACCCCCCCCCCCCUCCGCCCGCUCCCUUCACUCUACCCUCGCUGCUGUGUCGCAGUUGUCUGAGAUCGUUACAAUACACAGUCAUUGUUGGUACGCGCGUGGUGUUGGCUGCACGAUAGUAUCUGAGACUCGACGUAGGUUCCGAAUCAUUGCAGACGUAUAGCACAAGAUGCGUGAACUGUCCCACGUUGAUGUUGGUACAUACCUAGCCUAGCUCAAUGUUUCGAACACGCGUUUUUGGCAUUUAUGAAUUUGAACUUUGAGCAAUAGUACAAUAGUUGAUAGGGAACCACCGCGGCUCAUUGAUCGGCGAUGGCUCCUGUCGCCGACGCAUCGGCGCCGUACUUAUAACGCUGCCGGUAGAUGUCGCUAGCGAUAAGCGCCUGGCCGGUAUACUGUACCGCUAGACCCACUAUCGAAUGUGGUGAACGGCGCGGCGGUGGAGGUCGGGUGGAGACUGGAGACAAGUUUAUUUGGUGAAUGUGGCGAGUUCAGAGGCAUUCUGAACAUUCCGAAGACGAGGCAAGCAGAAACAUAUGUAUUUGUGUAUUUGUCCAUUUUAUCUUACAUUUACGCAUAGACCUCUGUAUACAGGGGUCUAUGAUUUACGUAAUAUAGUAUGAGCCUCUGGCUAUUUGCAA